UCGUGUAACCGCUCGGCCUCACUCUUCUCACCGGCAAAAAUGAGAGAAAUCCUCCAUGUCCAGGGAGGUCAGUGCGGCAAUCAGAUCGGAUCAAAGUUCUGGGAAGUGGUUUGUGAUGAGCAUGGGAUCGAUCCCACCGGGAAGUACACUGGCACAUCAGAUCUCCAGCUGGAGCGUGUCAAUGUGUACUACAACGAGGCUUCCUGUGGCAGGUUCGUUCCUAGGGCGGUGCUGAUGGAUCUGGAGCCCGGCACCAUGGAUAGUGUCCGAACUGGUCCAUAUGGACAGAUCUUCCGUCCUGAUAACUUUGUAUUUGGUCAGUCCGGUGCCGGAAACAACUGGGCUAAAGGCCACUACACUGAAGGCGCUGAGCUCAUUGAUUCAGUCCUCGACGUGGUGAGGAAGGAGGCCGAGAACUGUGAUUGCCUACAAGGUUUUCAAGUAUGCCACUCUCUUGGUGGAGGAACUGGUUCAGGAAUGGGAACGCUUCUCAUAUCAAAGAUCAGAGAGGAGUAUCCAGAUCGGAUGAUGCUCACUUUCUCUGUUUUCCCUUCGCCAAAGGUUUCUGACACUGUUGUUGAACCCUACAAUGCGACCCUUUCUAUCCACCAGUUAGUCGAGAAUGCAGAUGAAUGUAUGGUGCUGGACAACGAGGCUCUUUAUGACAUUUGCUUCCGGACUCUUAAGUUAACCACUCCCAGUUUUGGAGACUUAAAUCAUUUGAUCUCUGCAACCAUGAGUGGUGUGACUUGUUGCCUUCGGUUCCCUGGGCAAUUGAACUCUGACCUCCGAAAGCUAGCUGUGAAUUUGAUUCCCUUUCCUCGCCUCCACUUCUUUAUGGUUGGAUUUGCGCCUCUUACCUCACGUGGAUCUCAGCAGUACCGUGCCCUGACCGUUCCUGAGCUAACUCAACAGAUGUGGGAUGCUAAAAACAUGAUGUGCGCUGCUGAUCCUCGGCACGGUCGCUACCUAACAGCUUCUGCCAUGUUCAGAGGCAAGAUGAGCACAAAAGAAGUUGAUGAGCAGAUGAUCAACGUCCAAAACAAAAACUCAUCAUACUUUGUGGAAUGGAUUCCUAACAAUGUCAAAUCUAGCGUUUGUGACAUACCACCAAGGGGCCUCGCCAUGUCAUCUACUUUCAUUGGCAACUCCACAUCCAUCCAAGAGAUGUUCAGGAGAGUGAGUGAGCAAUUCACUGCCAUGUUUAGGAGGAAGGCUUUUUUGCACUGGUACACUUGCGAGGGCAUGGAUGAGAUGGAGUUCACAGAGGCUGAGAGCAACAUGAACGACCUUGUCUCCGAAUACCAGCAAUACCAAGAUGCGACAGCUGAUGAUGACGGUGAGUACGAGAACGAGGAAGAUGAUGCCCAGGAGAUGUGAGACUUAAAAUCGAAAUGGAUUACUCCCUUGCAUUGUAUGCAUUUGUGUUGUGGUUUGUGGUAUCAAAUCUACCUAUUGAAUAUGUUGCUGUGAUUGCAUAUUUUGGGUAAAUACGGUAAUGCUUGUCAAGAGAUCAAAUGAUUUUUAUUUUUCCUUUUUUCA